AUGAAGCUGCAUACUCUCGUCGCGCUUCUUUUCGUGUUUUCCACUUCGGCGGCAGUAUUAAAACGAGAGGCGCGGUUCGACGAUGGGCAGCCGAUUGAUGCCGAUGGGAAGGGCGCUCCAAUCCUAGGCGGCACCAAUCAUCAGGUGGAUCUCGCGAACCCGUCCAACCUAGGAGAACAAGGUACCGACGGUGGAACUGUGCCCAACCUCAAGUGGCGGUUUUCCGACUCGAAAACGAAGCUUUUCAACGGCGGCUGGGUAAGGGAACAGGUUAUCCAGGAUCUGCCACAAAGCCAUGAUAUCGCGGCCGCCCAGCAACACUUGAAGAAGGGUGCCAUCCGUGAGCUCCACUGGCAUAGAGUGGCUGAAUGGGGCUUCGUGUACGCUGGCCGGGUGCUCAUCUCCGCUGUCGACGAGAACGGCCAGUACCAGGUCGAAGAGCUGGGGUAUGGCGAUAUCUGGUACUUCCCAAAGGGGGUAGCGCAUACCGUGCAGGGACUCGACCCGGAAAAUGAGUUCCUCCUGGUGUUUGAUGAUGGCGACUUCGACAAAGUCGGGACGACUUUCAACCUGGAUGACUGGGUAGCGAGAACCCCCAAAUCAGUUUUGGCGAAGAACUUCGGAGUGCCAGAGUCCGUUUUUGACAAGGUCCCGGAGAAGAACCCUUACAUCCUGAACAGCACCACCAGCACGCGGAACGUUACUGGCGGCAAUGGUGCGCUGACCGGAAACAGCUCAUACGUCUAUCAUACGUUCCAGCAUGACUCAGAGCCAGUAGGAGGUGGCGGAGGCCUCUUUUACAAGAUCGAUUCGACCAACUUCCCCAUUUCGAAGACGAUUGCGGCGACGUUUGUGGUGCUUGAGCCGAAGGGGUUGAGAGAGUUGCACUGGCAUCCGACAGCUGAAGAAUGGCUCUACUUCCAUGAAGGCGAAGCCCGCGCCACGGUUUUCAUCGGCCAAGGGAACUCCCGCACGUUUGACUUCUCCGCCGGCGACACUGCGGUCUUCCCCGAUAAUAGCGGCCAUUACAUCGAGAACACCUCGGAAACGCAGAACCUUACAUGGAUCGAGAUCUACAAGAGCGAUCGCGUGGCCGACAUACCUCUUACGCAAUGGCUCGCGCUCACCCCGAGCGACAUCGUGGCGGCUGUUCUGAAGAUUCCGCUUGAAGUAGUUGAGGACCUGAAGAAGGAGAAGCAGGUGCUGAUCAGGGGUGAUUGA